AUGUCUAUGAGUGGCGUGCCGGGUCUGGCGCCCGGAGGCGCUUUCGCUGCUCCUGGAGGGUUCGGAAAUGGGGCGCUGAAUCUGCAGCGCGCGGUGGGGCCGCCCGAGAAGCGGCCAGAGGGGCCGGAGCGGCCAAUGGCGACGCCCGAGCAACUAGUGCUGGAGCUGAUCAUUCCGGAACAGAGGGAGAACGCGCUGCUAGACCUCAGCAAGAAGCGCGAGGCGUUCCCGGACCUCGCCCCCAUCCUGUGGCACUCGUGCGGCACGAUCGCGGCCCUGCUGCAGGAGAUUGUCUCCAUCUACCCCAUGCUCUCCCCCCCCACCCUCACCGCGGCCGCCUCCAACCGGGUCUGCAACGCGCUUGCACUUUUGCAGUGCGUUGCCUCGCAUCCGGACACGCGUGGGCUGUUCCUCAACGCCCACAUCCCCCUCUUCCUGUACCCCUUCCUGAACACCGUCAGCAAGACACGACCCUUUGAGUACCUGCGCCUGACGAGCUUAGGCGUAAUAGGAGCCCUGGUCAAGGUAGAUGACACGGAGGUGAUCAACUUUUUGUUAUCCACGGAGAUCAUCCCCCUUUGUCUGCGGACGAUGGAAAUGGGUAGCGAGUUGUCCAAAACGGUUGCGACGUUCAUCGUCCAGAAAAUUCUGCUGGACGACGUGGGGCUGGCGUACAUCUGCGCGACCGCGGAGCGCUUCUUCGCAGUGGGGGCCGUCCUUAGCAACAUGGUGCAAAUGCUGGCGGAGCAGCCGUCGGUCCGGCUGCUUAAGCACAUAAUCCGGUGCUACCUGCGCCUCUCGGACAACCCCAGGGCUUGCGAGGCCCUGAGAAACUGCCUGCCGGACUUGCUGAGGGACACCACGUUUAGCGCGUGCUUAAGGGAUGACGUCACAACGAGACGGUGGUUGCAAGAGCUGCUCAUGAGAGUUGGGCCACCUAUAUCACCGCACCCUUGA